CAUGGGGCGGAUGGAGUCUUCAUCCCGGAGAAAAGCCGAGGGGGAGACUCUGAAAUACUUCAUCGAGGACCCCGGCACUGGCACGCUUUACAAGAGGGGCCAACUAUUAGGAAAGGGGGCAUUCGGAAGAUGCUACAAGUUCACAGACACAUCUACCAACAACAUUUAUGCUGUGAAGGUUGUCUCUCAGUCCCGCGUUUCCAGACUGGACAACAGGGGGAAGGUUGAACGUGAAAUUGAACUGCACAGCCAGCUCAAACACAGAAACGUUGUGGGCUUUCACCGACAUUUUUCCGACCAGGAAAAUAUCUACAUGGUUCUGGAAUACUGCAGCCGAAAGUCUUUGGCCCACAUCCUGAAAGCCCGGAAGACGCUGACGGAGCCGGAGGUCCGCUUCUACCUGAAGCAAAUUAUCUCAGGCUUGCAGUACAUACACCAGCAAGGGAUCAUCCACCGGGACCUCAAGCUGAGUAACUUUUUCAUCACAAAAAACAUGCAGGUGAAGAUUGGAGACUUGGGGCUGGCAACUCGAGAGGAACAGGCCAACAGGAGGCGGGGAGUGGUCUGCGGUACCCCCAACUAUUUGGCUCCUGAAGUCGUUGCUAAAAAGGGGCACUCAUUCAAGUCGGACGUUUGGGCACUGGGUUGCAUCAUGUACACGGCCCUGACUGGCUGCUCUCCCUUUGAGAUCACCCACAAGCAGGAGAUGUAUCAGUGCAUCCGAGAGGGCCGCUAUCCAAUGCCCAGUCACCUCUCACCCAGCGCCCGGGACCUGAUUGGAAAGCUGCUGGCUCCUGAGCCGGCUGCCCGGCCUAGCCUGGAGGAGGCUCUCAACCAUGUCUUUUUUUCCGAGGGUUACACUCCCUCCAGGCUCUCCUCCCGGGCUUGUCAUUCUGCACCCCUGUUCACUCUUCCCAACCCUCUCAGCAAAUUCUUCCAGAAAGCUGCCAAGAUUUUCUUUCGGGGAUCCCCCUGCCAAGAGUCAAGAACUGUGAGCCCCACCCCCCAGGAAGCAGAAGAAAAACCCCUGCAAGGAUUGCUGCAGUGCCCGGUGGAUAAGCACCCCAGCCUGACUGCUUCUUUGUUGCACCGCACUCUCCACCCAACCCAGGAAGCAGAAAAGGGGAGCGUAAAUCUCCUGGAGGACCCCAGCAGCUUCCCCGUUCGUUUGCUUAUGAAGGGAUCGUUGAACAACAACUGCUCUGAAGCAGAGGGGGAUAACGAAUGGAGCCAAGGAGGCACCCUGGAGACUGUUGAUCAAGUGCUGAGGACUUGCUUGAAGAGGAUCCCUUUGGCCGCACAGAACCCGGAGAACCAGCGACGGAUGGGUCCUGUCUGGAUGGUGACCAAAUGGGUGGAUUAUUCCAACAAAUAUGGCUUUGGUUAUCUGCUGUCUGACAGGUCAACAGGGGUGCUCCUUGCCGACGGAACACAUAUCGCACUCUGCCCUCGGCGCCAGCAUGUCUGCUAUCGCACGGAAGUCCAGGAGGUCCUGUCCUUUCCCCGGAGAGAGGUGCCCCCGUCCUUGACCACGAAAAUGGGCAUCCUUCAUUUCUUCACCCAAUAUAUGCAGCAGCGGCUGAUGGAGGGUGGGCACCAGCCAGUAGAUGCAGCGAGCCCUGCAGACAACGCUUACGUCCUGCAUUUCGCAAAGUCCGACGAAGCCCUGCUGAUGCUUUUCAGUAACGGGACCCUGCAGGUCAAUUUCUACCACGACCGCACAAAGAUCAUCCUCAGUCACCAAGCUGGAGAGUAUCUCUUGACGUUUGUCGACCGCCAGCGCCGGAGCACCACCUUCCCCUUAGACACCCUGAUGCAGGAAGGGUGGACGCUGCCCCUCCGAGAGCGGAUGGAGUAUGCCCUGCGCAUGUUACACUGCCUGUAGCAACACCC